AGACUUGUCCGUUCUUGAAAUUACAAAGAGGAAGAGGGUUCUUUAGGUCGUUCGGUCCCUGAUCUCCUUCUCAAGUGUCGAGAGCUUCUCUGAUUUUUCCGUUCUUUUUGGUUCUUGAGAAAGUGAGGAGAAAAGCAGGUAGACAUGGCUCCCAAGUCACGUACCAAGAGAACCACCAAAUCCGCCCGCAGACCCACCACUAGGGCCUCCCCUAAGACUCCGGUUGCGACCACCUCCGCGGCCGAAACCACCGCGGAAGAAAUCACUCCCCCGGAAACCACCGCGGUAGAAAUCACUUCCUCGGAAACCACCGCGGAAGAAAUCACUCCCCCAGAAACUAAGGUCGUUGAAGUUACUCCCCCAGAAACCACCGCCGUCGAAGUUACUCCCCCAGAAACCACCGCCGUCGAAAUCACUCCUCCGGAAACCCCCGCCGUCGAAAUCACUCCUCCGGAAACCACCGCCGAAACCAUUCCCCUAGAAGCCUCAGCGGGAACAGCUACGGUAACUACCGUUGCUACAAUUCCUCUGGGAACCACUGCGCUUGAAACUGCUGAUGGAGCUGCUGCUCCUGGUAAAUCAUCCGAACAAGAGACGGCUGAUAAAUCCGCCGAGCAGGAACCCGCCGGUAAAACCACGGCGAAACCGGCAGUUAAGAAAACCAUCAGAGUUGUCAAGAAGGUGAUCAAGAAGAAGGUCAUCAAACGAGUCCCAAAGCCUUCCAAUGAAGUAGCAAAACCGGAGCUUCUGCUGGUCGAUGGGGAUGGAAAUAAUACUUCUGUUUCGGCUCCAAUUGAAGUUGAAAACUCUAAGCAACCGGAGGCUCCUGAGUGCGAAGAUUCUAAACCAGAUUCGGCCGUUGCUCAGUGUGAUGUGGUUAACGAAACUCAAUCUCGACUCGAUUCCCCAAAUGUGGAUUUGGUUGUAACUCAGACUGAUCGGUGUGAAGUCGGAAACCUUGACGAUGAUUCUGGUGUUGGAGGUGAUGUUCAAGAAUCGGUUCUCAAGGAAAAGGUGGAGAAUUGUGAGGAUGAUGGAUAUGAGAAGAAAGAGGUGGACAAUUCUGAGAAUGGUGGUCAAAAGGACGAAAAGGUGGAGAACUGUGAAGAUGGUGGUCGAAAGGAGGAAAAGGUGGAGAACUGUGAAGACAGUGGUCGUAAGGAGGAAAAGGAGAAGGGCAAUGGAGCCACUAGGGAUGAAGAAAUGGAGGUUUCGGAGCGGCGUAGGAGGAGGAAAACUGAGAUUUUUGUUGGGGGACUUGAUAAGGAUGCCAAGGAGGACGAUUUACGGAAGGUUUUCGAGAAGAUCGGGGAGAUUGUGGAGGUACGGUUGAUGAAGAACAACCAGACUGGGAAGAACAAAGGGUAUGCCUUUUUGAGGUAUGCCUCAGCAGCUGAUGCGAAAACGGCUUUGACUGAAUACUCCAAAGUUGAGGUUUGUGGAAAGCUAUGUGGAACUGCACCUGUGGAGGUCAAUGACACAAUAUUUCUCGGUAAUAUUGACAAAAAAUGGAAGAAAGAAGAUAUUGUCAAGCUGUUGCACGAUAUUGGGAUUGAGAAAAUUGACACAGUCACUGUAAUGUCUGAUCCUAAUAAUGCUGAAUAUAAUCGGGGGUUUGCAUUUCUUGAACUAGAAACUAACAAAGAUGCACAAAGUGCUUAUAAGAAGCUUCAAAAGAAGGAUGUUUUUGGCAAGGGACGGAAUAUCAAAGUUGCUUGGGCUGAACCUCUGAAUGAGCCUGAUGAAGAGGAGAUGCUGAAGGUUAAGUCAGUUUAUGCUGAAGGUGUACCAUCCUCUUGGGAUGAGGAGAAAGUAAAGAAGCAUUUUGACAAAUAUGGAGAGAUUGAUAGAGUUGUUCUUGCACGAAAUAUGCAUUCAGCUAGGAGAAAAGACUUUGCUUUUGUUAAUUAUACGACUCGUGAGGCUGCUCUUGCAUGCAUAGAGUCGAUCAAUAAGGAGGGUUUGACUGAUGAAGGGACCAAGGUAAAUGUCAGGGCAUCGCUUGCAAAACCUAUAUCGAAGGGUAAGCAAAACAAAGGUGGCUCAAAGCCAUCUACAAAGGAUCAUUCCAAAGAGAAGCCAAAGGCUGCCCAACGUGACACAAACCUAAAUUCAUCCUCCAACAAAGGAAAGUCUGAAGUAUCUUAUGGUUAUACAAGAGAUAGAAAAUCUUCUACUACCCAUCAACUUACACAGGUUUUGAGGGAGCAGGCCUCUUGGAGGCCAGGGCAGAUAAGUUUGGGGAGAGGCUACAGAGAUCAGGAUUACUUACAACCCAUGCCUGGAGGGAAACGCCCAUUAUCUGCGCUGGGAGAUAACAUACCUUUUUCAGACCCACGAGCAUAUCCUCGUGCACGUUUGGAUAGUUCUUUUCCGGUUGCAAGCGCAAGUUACAGUACAGUAUCCCAAGGUAUAAGUGGAGCAUCCCUCCCCUAUUAUCAGCAACAAUCAAUUGCCGGUCACAGAUCCGAUUCAUCUUAUGGGUCUGCAGAUCAUUCAGGUUACCUCCAGGCAAGACUAGGACCUGCCCCCUAUGGAAGUGGUCUUUAUCGCAGAUACUGACAUGUAUAUCAAUUGGAUCAAAGCUAGCAGAGCUUCUACCAUUUGUCAGAUCAUCAGACUAAUUGCUGUUUAUAUACUCAGUAAAGUGACUUCGUCUUUGGAUCGGGAUGCCAAUGCCAAGAUUUUUGGGAGAAUCAAAACUUGACUGUGUAGUUAAUAGUUUCCCCCUUCUUUGUAAAUCUCGGAAUGAGUGCAGUCAUUUCAUUUUCUCCAUCUAAAUUAAUCCCUUGUAUCGGCGUUAACAUUGUUAUUCUUGUUUCUGUUAAAUGCGCGUAACAUGCUGAUUGACUCUGUAAGAUGGAGCGUCUGGCUGGAUGCUUUUGAUUAAUUUGAAGGUAGGCUUCCUGAUGGUCAAAGUCAA